UGACUGCUUCUGUUCAGACUGAUUCUUGCAAUGGAUGCUAUAAGCAAUUCGGGCGCGCGGGCCGUCUUUUCGCGCGGAAACCCGGGUGUUGUGGAGUGUACCAUUACGCCGAUCUAUGGGUGAGGCUUUCCAUCAUUGUACGUUAUGUUUACGCUUGAAAUUAAUCUUUUUUGUUAUAAAUACUCUUUUAUGUAAUAGAAAAUUAGCGGAGACCUAUCAUGACUAUAAACCUGUUGUACAUUUAUGGAGGGGAUGUUUCAUGAAUAAGCAAACAACUCCAGUUACCCCCGCACUUUCAAGGUGUUGUAGACGACUGACCAAGUGAAAUCAAUCUGAACCUUAUUUACUGGUGACCAUUGAGCACAGUUGGUAGUUCAUGCGAAGCUGGGAUGGUGAAACUUUGGAAGCUUAAAUAAACGUAAUUAGGCCCAAAUUGAAAACAUAAUCAAUUAAAAUUAAUUUACUAAUUCUCCUGAGUCACCAGAGUAAGUUUUUAGUGUUGUGUCGUUAUCGAACGAUUCGUUCAAAAGAACCGAAUCUUUUAAGUGACCGUACUGAACCGAAUCAUUUCCUCAAGUGAUUCGUUCGUUUCUCAAUUGAGUUGAGCUGUCAGCAGGGCAGAUGUUAUAGCAUGCUGCACUGCCAGGCGAAGGAGGGAACGCAUGCACCGACGCCUGAAUCACUUGAUAAACGAAUCACGCACUGAACUACACUCUCUGGAAUCAUUUUUGUAAGAAAAAAACAAAAUUUUUUUUAUUUUUUUACUGCUAAAUUGCCACCACAACAACUUGCAUACAAUAGGACACAGCAUGUAACAAGUAGUGCAUUAAACCUGCAGCAUCCUAUCAUUGCAGUGGUUUGCGAGGGAACGGUGCAUGUUCAGUGAAUUCUUCUAAACGAUCAGUGAACGAAUCACUCAUUGAGCCCUAUUUACCGAGCAGACCAGAUAAAUAGCAUACUAUCAGGACUUGAUAAGCUCUUUGUUUCAUUCUAUUCUUUCUCAAACUGUUUAUCUUGACAUACAUAUGUUGUGUAAAUUUAUCUUUGACAUGUAUAGUUGUUUGAUUUACAUAUGCAUUAUUUUGUUCAGUGUUUUUGUUUCUAGAGGGUUUUUUUUUCUUAAAGUUUGAGAUAAAUGAAUAAGAAAGAAAGACAGUAAAUGUAAAUUUAUUCAUGUUAAUGUGCAGGGCUGAGUUUGGGAAGAAAAUGUUUGGAACAGCCCUUAAAUAUUGCUUGUCAUACGCCUACUUUAACACUAGGUGGCACCAUGCCGUCAAAAAAGUGAGCUUGGUCCUUUAGGUUGUCCCUAUUCAGACUAUUUAUUUCUCUAUAUUUACAUGCCAAACCAACCUACCAUCUGGUGUCCGACGGUAUAGCCUUUAUUUAGGUCAUAUGCGAUCUCUAUAUGCUAAAUGGUGAUCAAUUUUUCAUAUUAAAACUGUUAGUUCAUGGACACUGGUGUGUUCCUUUUGUUAAAUGUUGGUUUUUGAAAACUAGUAAAGAUUUCUAACACUUUUACUCUGAAGGAAUUAUCCCGCUCUAGUCUUGUGUUAUGGCUUCAAAGUUAUUUGUGUAUACAACUUCACCUACAGGUUUCUGAGUCUGAUGUCAUAUCCUGCAGGGCACUGGAAAGACCUGGCAGACUUCCCAGCAGCCUCCUGGGGCUGAUUCAGCCAGUGUUCCCACCCAGGAAUCCUGGACGUCUGACAGGAAACAUGUCCAACUCUCCCAAGGCCACUAUAAGUCAGCCCCUCCCCUCAUCCCAAGUCUCCCUUUGGCUGAAAAACAUCUCCUGGGACGUUCUUUUAUACUAUUCUCAGACAAACUAUCUUACAAAAAGACAUAUUUCUUACCACACCCCGUUUUCACCCUCCCUGUCCUCUGCCCAGCUUCCCACCGUAGCCCUAUCUUGUUUCAGCCUUCAAGCAGGUUCACGAUUUCAUUAGGCAAGAAAGCAUUGAUUAAUCGCCAAGCAGUAUUUGCAUGUAAAAUUUCAGACUUUCAUGUUGAAGCUGGUUUUUGGUUUUUGUUCUUUUUUUACCUUGUCAGAGCAUGUUUGGAUUAAAUCCUGUGUUUUGAAUCCUUGUCAGAUGUAGGCAGAUUGGAAGACAUCUCAAACCUUCAGGUAAGGAACAGCUGCAAAAGCCGAUUUAUUCACAUCAUAGAGUUAAAUUCAAACACACAAAAUGGAUUCUUUUGGUAUUUCAUUUAUUUUAUAAAAAGGGAAUGCAAUUAACAAAAAGUCUAUGUACCUACAUUAGUGUUUCAGAUUGUACCGAUUUAACACAGGCAGCGUGCUACAGGACACACAAGGCUAUUGCACACGAAACAUUUCACACAAAUCAUACAUACUGUACAAAAUUACAUACAUACAUACUUUACAAACAUACAUAGUAAUUUCAUGUAUUUAUUAUAAAAACAUCACAGAGUCAGGCAACACAAUGAAGUGAUAGGUACACAAAUUAAAACAUCUCUCUGUCAGAAAAACAAAACAAAAUGGGGGAGAAUGAACAUCACUGAAGCUGCCAAAGUGCUUUUCACCAUUUCUACUUGGCCAUCUUAAUUAAAAAGUCAAUAUAAAAACACUGAAGGAGGGUUUUUAAAUGUUUGUCUACAGGAUGAAGGUUAGUCCGAUCCUGAACAGCAGGAACCGGACAGCGAAAAACAGGACUUCCCAUGGUUCAAGGAAGUUGCAUGUUUGAGGAUGUCAGAGAAUGAGGAUGGAGCUAACCUCCCAAGAGGACAGAAACCGGAUCUUCUCCCUUUUUUUCAUAAGGAAGGCGGGGGGGUCUUUGGAAAGAUGAGACGUGUUUACAUCUUUAGCUGCACAAGGCAUUAUGGCCAACAAAUUAAACCAGGAUGUUCACAAAUAGUUGUUGUUCAUGUUGCUAUAUAAGACUUCACAGUGAAAAUGUCCUGACCUGUUCAACUCUGCUCAUCAGUGACUUGGUAAUUCAAAAAUUAUGACCAAUAAUACUGUCAACAAUGGAGCACUUGCCCCAAACACUUCAUACAUACAUUCAGCCUUAUUCCCAAAGAGGAAGGCGCACACAGAGACAGCACAUCGCUGCUAUGUUGCUACAACACUGUCGGGGGACAUUCGCCCCAUUUGUCAAAGCUGCGAGACAGCUGUCAUUGAGUAGGAUUCAUCAGUGCCAACUCACUUCAGGAAAUGUGCUUUCUGAUUAGGCCUUCCUCCACGGAAACUAUUAAGAUACAAAAGACAACAGUAAAAGCAGGAGGGACAGAUUGUGAAAAUACAUGAGACGAGGGGUGUUAGUGAUGAAAGCUGGAGGUGGAAUAUAUUAUACACAUCAGCGCUUACAAAUAAGUUAGAAUUCAUGCAUUACAUGUAUGCAGAUUAUGUAUUUUUCAAAAUUAAUCAAAUAGUUUAAGCAAGGUUAUACAGGGAAUAUAUAGCCCUGGUUAAGGGAGUACUCUUAGUAAUUUGGCUUAUCUGGAGCGCAGUGCUGAGUAAAGUUGAUCACUGCCUCCAGCUCUGUGUAGAAUGAGUGAUACUGAUGCAGGCCUAAUGUAUACAUAUGUAUCAGUAGAGGAGAGUAAUGUGGUUAAACCUUACAAACGACAACAAUCUCUCAAGUAAUCUACAAAGUGCAACUUUGUGAGCUUUGCAUUGAUGCAGUUCUUGAAAGGCCCAAAACAACUCACCAUAACUUUGAUAAUAUGCUUUUUAUGUUUCCAUUUUUUUUUUGGCCUUUUAAACAGUUUUACAUGAAAAGGAAGAAAGACCAGAGGAAUGUAUAUGGAAAUGGUUUUCAGCUCCCAAUAAGUUGAUGAGCGUACCCAUGAAAAAGCUACUUUCACAUUUCUAAAAGUUCUCACCUGUGGAUUGUUUUUCCACUUGAAAGAUUGGUUUUUACACCCAGUACAUGGGUGAAUUGAUUGAAGGCUUGAUUGAGAAUUCACACAAUUUUGAUUGCAAUAAGAAAUGUCUGUAUUGGAGAAUGCAUCUCCAAAGAAAAGCUGUGUUACAGCCAUUAGAGGCAGCUCAGUCCAGCGUGUGCUUGCAUCUUUUUUUCACAUCUCUUAGUCUCAUCAUCGCCUCUCUUCUUGAUCUCAUGAACACGCACUCGCACUCACACACAUUCACACACACUGAUGUCUUUGAACCAUAUCACACACAGGUUGUGCAGUCUUGCAUGAUCGGUGUGGUCUGGUGUUCAUGUUUGUUGGUGCAGUGUUCCAGAGAGCUGGAGCUCUUGAGAGGGACCAGACACCGGUCAGCGGGUCGCCCGCUUUGCAGCACCCCCCAGCAGCACAGCACUCGCAGGAACUCUUUUCUCAUGUCCUUGCUGCGCAGGGUGUAUAUGACUGGGUUAAGCGCUGAGUUUAGAGUGGCAAAGCCAAAAAAUAUGUGUGCAUUAGAAAGAAUUGGGCAGAACUGUAUGCUGCAGGAUGAAUCCAGGAGGAGGAUGGUAAAAGCAGGCAGCCAGCACAUGAUGAAGACACCCAGCACUAUGGUGACAGUUUUUAACAGGGCGUAGGCCGGCGAGUUGGUUGCCUCCUGAUGACUGGAGCGUACAAUCAAGUAGAUCCUCACAUAGAGGAUGACAAUAGAAAGUAGUAUGAGGCUGAAAAUACUCACAACAAAGAGAAUGUAUUUCUUUGAGUAGAGCGGCAAAACAGCUGAGCAUUCAGGGCGAUCAUUGAUGCAGUUCCAGCCAAUGAUAGGAAGUCCCCCAAGAAGGAUCGAGGUCACCCAACAUGUUCCUAUUAGAAUAAACAUGCGGCAUGUUUUGGUCGAGCCGUACACCUUGACUUUGGUGAUAGCUAAGUAGCGCUCUAUUGCUAUUGCCAGCAAGCUGAAGACCGAAGCUGCCAGAGCGAUGAACGCUGUGCCCUCCCGAAUAAACCACUGCACAGGCACCAGCUUGAAGGUCUUCGAUCCUGACAAAAAAAUGUUGGCUAUGUAGGCCGAGCCUGCCAGCAGGUCAGAGAACGCCAGGUUGCCGAUGAAGAAAAACAUGGCGGAGUGGAACUUCUUAUUGCGGCAGACGGCGACCAGGACCAGCAGAUUCUCCAGGAUGAUGAUGGUGCAGAGGACCACUAUGACAAUGUUCAGGGUUGUGAGCUGUUUUUUGUUCUCAUAAUGUCUGACCAGCUCCUGUGGGGUCAUAUUCUUUGCAUAGGCAUAGUAGUCCUGGAUGAGAUUGGGGUUGUAGUACUGGGAAUACCUGCUCUUCAUGGUGACAGGGUGACAGAGCACGGCGGAUUUACGGCAAAGAUUCAUUCACACAGAGGAGAUGUGCAGAGUGUCUACGCUGAUAAUCAUUGCCUUUGAGGAAAGGACAGGAAGAGGGCCCAGGCUUGAAGGGGAGGCCGCCCAGUCCCACAGUCACGUCUGCAAAGCUCUAUGUGGGUCACCUGCAGACACACAGAAAGGAAGAGAAAACCUCGAUUACUGACAUGGUUCACUUUUUAAAUCAGCCAUGACCGAGCAAACAUUGGUUUUUUAAAAUCUGAUCCUGAUUCUUGAAUCUUUCUUGACUUCAUUUUAGUUUCCAUCCUUCAAAAACCCCAAAAAGUGCAGCAAUAUUUACACAAACUGACAUGAAAAAUAAAUACACACUUCUAUAAAGUAUAACACUGAUGAUUACUGACACACAGUGAACACCCACGCAGAUUUCUCAGCCUGGUAUGAUCAGAACGGAAAGUAGCAUGUUGGCCAACAGGGGAAUUUUACAUUUUGAUGAAAAAAUGUUGUGAAUCUGCACGGGCAGGGAUCAUCUUCAGGUAGAAGAAUAAACUCUCUGUGAGGCAGCGUGCUCUGCUUACACCGUGAACUGCGCGCGCUCGCAGACUGAAGGGGACAUUCCUCUAACCCUGUCCGAGCACUCUGUUGUCAACACAUAGCAUUGUUGUGGGGAGCGAACCAUUCCACUCCACUGAGCUACCUCUUGAAACUUCUGCAUAGCUUGUGGAUCAGUCAGACUUCUUCUUCCUGACCCUGCCCCCUCUGACCAGCUGACAGACGGCAAAUUAAACAGAUAUAGAUGUAAAAACACCAGAGCUUCCUGAACUGAAUGAGAAAAGGUUAUACAAGACUUCUCUGCAGUGCAUCAAAAGCAAAAAGUCAUGACUGUGGGGCCUGGUUGGAAUUAUUCCCAUACAUAUAAUGGCAUUAAGAUGCUCUGGGCCAUAUGUUGUGGUAUCUGACGUAUCCAAUGACAGAAUACAUAUACUGGCUUAAUGCGAAACCAUUGCGGGAAACCUUUGGAAUAAUAAGUUGUAAAAUUUUAUAAUGACAUAACAGAAAGAAAACAAUUAAAACGAAAACAUUUCGAACCACUAAUGUGGCUCCAAAUUACACCGAGGAGCCUUUUCAUUAAAAAACCCUAUAUACAAACUGAAACCAAAUAAAUGGGCUGCAGCUAAGAAGCCGAAAAACAAAGGAAAGUUUGAGGCUCUGGAAAUCUAAUUAGAGGCAGCCCCGGUGUCUUAAACCUGUCAGAAGUAACAGGAUCCCUCUGCAGACCAGCUCCAGAGGUAACUGAACACUGAUGCUUUAACUGCUUGUCUUCACGGCAGCUGUGAAACCUUCAGUGGAAACUGGGGCUGAAGCGCUUCACCAUUCUGCUGGGCUUUGACUCAAAAACCCGGGAGACUGAAGGAUGGAGAGGGAUGGAGACAAAGGCAGACAGAGAGCAUGCAUGUGGAACGGCAUCUGGACACAAAGGCAGGAAUCUGAGACUCUGCCGUGACGUCCGCGCGCACAAAUGCAUCAAUGUGUUGUGAACUUCACUCUGCACGUGCUCUGAUAUCUAUCUUCUCACACACACAGUUAAUUGUGACAGUCAUAGAGUAAUGUAGCAGACAGACAACUUCGACACACAGCUCUUAUUGGUUGCCAGCAAUAACUAGCGCACUGUUUCCUCAAGCAGGAACAAAGAACAAUAGUCUCCUUCAGUGAGGAGAGCAUUGCCCUUCAGCCUUAAUUAUUGGACAGCACACUUCCAUCUGUAUCAUAGCAGAAAUGUAUUUACAGUUAAGCCCUCGCUUAUCAGAAACCUCUGCCACAGGCCCGCUCGGCCCCGACCCCGCUAAUCUGUUUUAGCUCCAUUAAUGGACACAAAUAGGAGGAUUGAAGCUGAGCACAUGCACCAGCUGCACCCGGUUAUUACAUUAUGUUAUAUUAUUGCAUCCUAUAAUGACUUUAAUAUUGGAAAAGUCAGCCAGUAAAGAAGCUUUUUAUCUCCACAUCCUGCAGUCCUCUUCAAAGGAUGCCCCAGUUUGACUUUGUUUCAUCUUAUUUCUCUCUCUCUCUCUCUCUCUCUCUCUCUCUCUCUCUCUCUCUGAGCUCUGCCUGGUUUUUUCAGGACUCUCAUGUGUUUGUGUACACUCAAGGUCCUCCCGUCACCUGCAGACCUUGGCGUCUGUCAUCAAGGGAUUCUCUUCGCGUAGGGAAACUUGACGGGCUGGUUCGCCUACAGCGCCGUCUCACCGCAGCCCUGCCCUACACCUCCACCUGCCAUGUGCCAUUCAGAGGUUUCUAUGGCGAUUGGACAACAGGAGAUUUCCUGCUUUGUAACCCCUCCCAUGUCACACUUUGUCAAAGUUGUGCCCUGCGUUCGACCCAGACAUCCCUGUCACACUUCCACAACAGACAAAACACAUUGUGAAAAAUGUCACGCCAUGUCCUGAAU